AUGUCAAACGAAUUCUUCCAGAUCAAGAACCACCCGAUCGCAGAUUACGGAAAGGGAGUCUUUGCGCGGAAGACCCUCCUGCCUGGCGCAAUCAUCCUCAAAGAGCAGCCACUUUGUCGCGCCGGCAAAAGCGACGCAAGUAAGGUGGAUGCCUACAAUGCUCUGGAUAACUCGGAUUCUGCUCGAUUCCUGACCCUUCACGGAACAUGCUGCUGUACGGAUCCCGCACGCUGCAAUGAGACUCGAAUCACCAAGAUCUGGCACAUCAACGCGUUCGCUCACAAGAACGGCUCGUACGUCUACCAUCAAGCAUCCAACUUCAACCAUGCCUGCUUGCCUAAUGCGUUCUGGGCGAUUGAAGACGAAGCUACAAUCACCAUCACGGUCAUUCGGAAGAUCGAGGAAGGGGAGGAGAUUACCAUUCCAUAUUUUGACACCAUUGGGACUACUGAGGAGAGGAUAAAAUGUACCAGAGAUCUCUGGAACUUCACAUGUGGAUGUUCUGCCUGCAAGUCAGGCAUUGAAAUCACUAACAGGAUGUGUGAAGAGUGGUCAAAAGCUGACUGGUAAUGUAGGAUGGAUUGAUUGAGACAUUGUUCUGCAAUGCAGAGUGUCCUUCUUUAAGACGUCCCUGCCGAUCCUCAUUACACUAAGCUUCAGCGCGGCUCUUAGAUUCCUGAUAUUCAGCAUCAAAAGCAGUUGACUAAUCCAAAUGAAG